AUGAUGAACUCGAAUCCAGACGACAACCACAAUCCCAAUCAUGACGAGCACGUAAGGAAUACGUCUAUUGCUCUCCACGAGUCUCUUGAUAGGAAGAUAUCUGCUGCUCCUGGUGCAGUCGAUAUUAGACCCCAUGAUGUCCUCUGUGGGCGCUCCAAGGCGAGCUUUAAUCAUGUCGGCAAUCGUCGGUUUCGCAGCAUUGUCUCUGGGGCACUGGAUGAAUACCACCAGGCUACCUCCAAAUGGGCAAAGUCUAUGGUGGCUACGAAACUCGUGGGUAUGAUCAACGCUGACGGAGGGCGAUUUCUGAAGCAAAGGAAAGAUAGCGGAGAAGAAUGGUUCGAGCUAAGCACCCAGGAAGCCAAGGCAAAGGUAUCUCAUGCCAUUCGGGAUGCCAUUGCUGCCAAGGACAAGACCAAGGCCAACAAGACAGCGGGAGCGGGCACCCUUAUGAAGAGAAAGAAAGAAGAACCUUCUUUUGGCAACAGCAGCACCAAUAAGAUGAUGGGGCAACCUCCAGGAGGGAUGGGUGGCAUUGGGAACAACUUGGGUGGUGGGAAUCCCAUGAUGCCUUCACUCAACCAGUCACAAUCGCACUUAUCGCUCAGUUCCAUGGCUCAGCCCAUGUUUCCUAUGGGUGGGCCACAGAGCUUUGGUGGAGCAUCUUCCAACAUGGUCCAGGAUCAGAUACAACAUCUACGACAGCAGGAUUUCCUAAGGCAGCCUCUACCUGACUUGGGUUCAUCACAGUCUUUCCUCCAUGGACUAUCGGGGAUGGGGAAUACCUCCAUGCCACAACUUUCAAUUCACGGACAACUAUCAGAUCAUGCUAGUUCUCUCCAACAACACCAGCAACAAGCUUCACUACAACUAAGCCCACAACAGAUGCAACAACCUUUGAACGAUCCCACGUUGGCAAUUGCAUCAGGAAGCACAAGAUCAUUAGAAAUGCCCAUGAUGACUGGUGUUGCCCGGGCUCCAGCGAGGAGAAGAAGGACCUUCCCAGAAGAGUCCAAACAUGGCCGCGGGAGUUCUAGUAGUGAUACUGAAGACGGGGACAAUGAUUUCCUGUCAUUGAUCGAUACGGUGUUGGGGCCCAUGGGAUCGCCUACUGGACCAAGAGUCAAAAAGGAUCCUCCACAAGAGGGAUAG